AUGGCCGAAUCAGAUCCAGAAUACGAUGCUGGCUCUGACGAUGACGUCCCGACGAAUGGCGCUGGGCGUUCUGGGAAAGGCAAAAGUCGCGCCAUGACCUCCAGGCCCAAGGAUAGAGCACAAGCAACAUGGGAGUCCGGAGUGAACCGCGGAUGGGAGCUGCAGGAAUCAGCAGACGGCGGUAUUGAAGAUGUACUCGGCGGUAUUGAAGAAGCCGGCAAGCGCAAAAGGCUUCUCAAAGAUACAACUCCUCUGCAGCGCGGCAUCAUUCGACAUACUUUACUGAUCAUAGAUCUGUCUGCGGCCAUGGCGGAGAAGGAUCUCCGGCCGACGAGACAUUUACUAACAAUCUCGAAUACUGUGGCAUUCAUACGCGAAUACUUCGAGCAAAAUCCCAUUUCACAGCUUGGUAUUCUAGGCAUGAGGGACGGCGUAGCACUUCGCGUCAGCGACAUGUCCGGCAACCCAAACGUUCACAUCGCGGCCGUACGAGCACUGCGCGGCACCGAUCCUAAGGGGAGCGCUUCUCUGCAGAAUGCUCUUGACAUGGCACGCGCUGCGCUCUACCAUACGCCUUCACAUGGCACUCGAGAAGUUGUCAUAAUUCUGGGAGCAUUAUCAAGUUCAGACCCGGGAGACAUACACGACACUAUCAAAGCAUGCAUCAAGGACAAGAUCCGAGUUAAUAUUAUCGGUCUUGCUGCACAGAUGCAGAUAUGUGCAGAAAUCGCGCGGAAGACUAAUCAAGGCGCUACCAACUGCUACAAUGUUGCAGUUGAUGAAGUGCAUUAUCGGGAGCUUUUCAUGGGUAUCACAACGCCACCAGUCGUACGAGCCACAGACACGGAGGCUCAGAAACGAAACCAAGCUGCUUUGCUUAUGAUGGGGUUCCCUUCGCGAAUCGUCGAAGGAAAGGCCACGCUAUGUGCUUGUCAUGGCAACCUGACUCGAGGAGGCUAUCUAUGCAGUAGGUGCAAGGCGAAAGUUUGCAACUUACCUGCGACUUGCCCAACUUGCGAUCUCACGUUGAUCCUUUCGACACACUUGGCCCGAUCAUAUCACCAUCUCUUCCCCCUCCAGAACUGGGACGAAGUGUCCUGGGAGCGUGCACAAGAGAAAGGCAGCAUCGCUUGCUAUGGGUGUCACUCUGCCUUUCCUUCUCUCUGGAGCUCGACAGAUGAGACUAAUGGUGCCAGCCAUACAAGAACCCGCCCGAAGAGAGCUGAGGGAGCAUCGGAGUCAAGCAGGUAUGAGUGUCGGACAUGUCAGAACCAUUUCUGCAUCGACUGCGAUGUCUUCUGCCACGAGGUGGCCCACAACUGCCCUGGAUGCCAGAGCAACGCAUAUCUGCCAGGCAUGACGAACGGUGCUGAUGAGAAUGGAAGUAGCCCUGGCUGA